UGCUCUUUCUCUUAUACUGUCUUCUCGUUUUUCUUCCUCUCUACGUUCUCUUCAGGCCCCGUCACUCGCUUCGCAUUCAUGCCACGAACUCCGACCAUUCUCGGAAAUCUUUAGGGAACAGAGUCACUCGAUUAAGUAGUCGCACAAUGCCUCCGCAGCACGCAAGCAGUUCUCCCCCUCAAACGCCGUCGUUUGAACCAGGCAACCACAGAGCCGCGAAAAGGGGAACUCACCCACGACCUUCCGUACGGGAAACUUUUCUGGACGACUUUAAUCCGGCCGAUAACGCCAACGACAGCAAUGAAUCGGGGGAUGAGCGCGACCCACAUGACCUGUCUCUAUCGCCGAAACAUGCGGCCCGCACCUCAAUUGUGGAUAACAUGCUUCUGUCGCUGGACCAGUUUGCCUCGGGCUCUUUGUUGGACGACUACCGGUUAUUCAACUCAGUUUUUGAGACGGAUCUGUGUGGCAAUGGUUCGCCGGAAUCAAUAACUCAGCGCCGGUAUCGAGGCCACACUUUCUCUUCCUCCGUAUCCUCGGAGGUAGAAUGCACAUACGACGAGAGCACUGGCCGCUAUGCAACACAGCCGGCCAGAAGUCGUCGGAGCAAUAGCAGCUCGAACUACCAUGCCAGUUUGCGAAGAUACGGCAGCACUCGCAGUCGGGAAGGGACCGGCUCUCGCGGCCAACUGUACGACUACAGGGCCAGUUCGAACUUUGCAGCCCCGGCGAAUGUUCGGGCUUCUCGGAAUGGAAACCGAGGUAGUUCCUCGCCUCCCACGGAUUUAGCUUCUUCUCUGCAGCAGGGACGAAUGGAUGGGGCCGGCGAGAGACGCUCGGUAAGCUUGGACUACGGCACAAGACAGCCAUUCAUCUCGUUUCCGGAUCUUGUCUUUAAGCUGGACUCGUCAUAUGGGGAGAGCUUUGAUGCAGCACCGACUCCGAGUAUCCCCGGUGGGCCAAGUAAAUCCCACUCAUCUUCUCAGGCUGAAUAUUCAGGCCCCCUCCAACCCCAACAAUCACGGACGACACCCGUGGCAUCACGCCGAAACAGCGUAAAGUCCCCGCGGUCGGACAACGACCGAAAGGCCCGACCGGCGAACCUUGGCACAACGACGAUUCGAGGCCAUCAUUCAGAUCUGGGCAACCUCGGGGAGAGCGGACUGGAACUUCCGCCGACGAUCCCUGCAUCGCUCGACCCGCCGGCGCCGAGCCCAACCAUUUCCUUCAACAAGCCGAUCUUCCCCGCGCCACCCGACCCCGCUCCAGCAGCCAAGGAACGGCCAGGGUUCUUCCGGCGUGUGUUUGGCUCCUCCAGGGUGUCGACCGCUACUUCAAGCGAGUACAACCCACCCGACCACGUUUUUGCCCCAGAAAACGACUACAAGGAUUCGAGUGGAUUUGGGAUGAAUGCCAGGAGCUGGAGGCAGCCGUUAAAGAAUAGUGCACCAGGAUUCAACACGCACCGCGAAGGAGGAACGCAUCAGGUGGUUACCAAGAAAUCUUCCUUUUUUCGUCGGCGCAAGAAAUCUGUUGCUGAAAGUGCUCCUCCCCCCAUUUUCUAUCCUCCGGAGCUCAGCGGCCAUCACCGAGUACUGGAACCGGCCAAACCAGAGGCUAUCCCGGUGAGCAGCGUACGGAAAGGAAUGAACCCUCCUUUCGCUACAGGCCCCGGCAGUAGACCCUUGGACUUGCGCCCAGCAGCGGAGACGUUCGAGGCCCAAAACCAGGGAGGUUCGCCGACGCAAGAUCAGAGGGGAAGCUUAGUCACAGCAACACCGGGUGCCCCGAAAGCUAAAUACAGCCUUUACCCUUCAGUUCCGCCGAGCAGCGCUCCGGAGACUUCAUUUUUAGGUGCCAGCAGCAGUGGGGAUGAUGAGUCAACCAUUAAAUUGGGCAGCUUGGAUACCAGUCAUCCUGCUAAUCAGCGACAAGAAGAGGAUCACCCAGCGCGCGGAAACGGCGUGGACUCGAAUAGUAACGACGUAGAUAAUGGUUCUGGUGCUAGUGCUCUUCAAACAAAGCUGAAACCUCAGGAGAUACCAGUCUCCUCGCUCUCACCCGUGGUUGAGAGCUUCUCGCAGCCAGGUGUCGCCCCUGAUCAUAAUCUCGAUGAUACGCCUCAUCAGCUUUUCCCAACAUCGGACGAAGCCCACGAAUCUUCCCCAUCGGACGUGCGCAAGGCUUAUGAUAUGGGAGGCAAUAUGUCUGCAGCUGCCGGUGGUCUGAAUGGGUCUCCGCGGGCUUCUUUGUCGGAAGGUUCGAACUACCAUACGGCUUCCGAAGCUCCCACCGCAUCGUCGACGGAACCAAAGCUCAUGGGAACCCCCCGAGAUCAGCCCGAUUCCUCGGAUGGCCCCCCUGGCGACGAACCAACCGACUCCGACCGGGAGCAAGCGAGGAUGUUGUUCGAAAGUCAGGAACAAGUGGUUGGGAACGAGCCUGCCGCUGCCUGGCUUGGUGAUCCCGAUCGUGCUCCGAUCCGCAAAGCAUACAUGGAACUCUUCGACUGGUCCAAUCUCAAUAUAUUGGCAGCUCUGCGAAGCCUUUGUACUCGGCUAGUGCUGAAAGGUGAAACCCAGCAAGUGGACAGGGUUUUGGAUGCCUUUUCCACGAGGUGGUGUGCGUGUAACCCUCGCCACAGCUUCAAAGCUGCAGACGUUGUGCAUACGAUCUGUUACUCGCUCCUCCUGCUGAACACUGAUCUACACCUGGCCGACAUCGAGCAGAAGAUGACCAAGACCCAGUUUGUUCGAAAUACGAUGCCGACAAUUCAUCGUGUGGCUGCCGAAGCCGCCCCUGAUGGGUUUGCCAGCGGCAAAUCGAGAGCCUCGAUGCAAGACCCGAUGUCACCCACUGACGAUCGCGACCGGGGGUUUGCGGGCAUGGAUAAGGCAGCGAAUGCACCGACAAAGUUGGUCAACCGACUUUCUCGUACCGAUUUAUCUGCGAAGAUUGCGAAUGAUACUGACAACGAGAUUGGCCCGCUUGUCAAUACGCCUUUCAUUGGAUCGAUGAGAGCAUGGGAGCAACAAGUUGAGGCCGUCCUUCGGGAUUUCUAUUCCUCGAUUCAGAAGCAGAAGCUCCCUCUCUAUGGUGCUUCGGCAGAGAAAGAAGGGCCGCGAUCUUCAGCCAACAACUUGCUUGGCCCCCAUACCAGUGGACUCCGCCGAAGCCCCAGUACUGUGAGUAGAAGUGGUUCUGACAUAUAUCCGCGUGGUCGCUCUGCCGAUUCCCGCUAUGGGACGGCACGGUGGUCAUCUAAGCCUCGUUCGCGGGCGAGAUUACAUCCUCCGUCUGCCAUGGGCUCCAGUCGAACCAGCUUGGACGACCAGGCGUCGCUCUGGAGUCCUUCCGCCUCCAGUACUUGGAGUAAGUACUCCUCAGGGAAGUUGACUUCCGCAUCAGUCGAUUCAUUUGGGUCAGACUAUCCGCGCGGAGACUAUCAACAGUCGAUCGGCUUCGCCAACGCCUUGAGUCAAGCUAUUAUCCGUGAGGACUCGGCCCAUUCGAUUGCAAGUUUUGAAGACGCCGAAAGGGAUACCCCACUAUUGGAGGAUGAAACGUUACAACUUGCUGGUGCGCCAUGGGCCAAGGAAGGCAGCUUGAAGCAUAAACACCACUUAGACUCGGUUGACAAGAGGGCUAAGGAUCGCAACUGGAACGAGUGCUUUGCUGUAAUUCAGCAAGGAUGGAUGCGUCUUUUCUCCUUCAACGCCUCUGUGAAGGGCGCCCGGCAAAAACCUAAGCAACGUCAGCCCGGGGGUGUCGUGGUAGGAGGCGGCAACUGGACCGAAAACGCUGAAGAGAUGUGGAAAUUCCUCCUGCGUCAGACCAUUGCCAGCGCGCUUCCACCACCCGGCUACUCCAAAUCUCGGCCCCAUGUUUGGGCUCUCAGCCUCCCAACCGGUGCUGUCCAUCUUUUCCAAGUUGGGACGCCGGAGAUUGUGCGCGAAUUCGUAUCCAGUGCCAAUUAUUGGAGCGCCAGGCUGUCCAAAGAGCCUUUGAUUGGGGGAAUCAGUAAUAUCGAGUACGGAUGGAGCGAUGCCGUCAUUAACAGCGCUCUUAUCACGACCGAGAGCAGUCGGACGCCACCGUCCUCAUCUGGGGCUAGGCCCAGCAUCCAAAGUUCGAUCCGGAGCUCGAUCGAUCAGCAGGGCGUUCGACCUCGAUUACCAGCAGAUCGCGUCCAUAUCAGCGACUGGGCUCCUCCCCAGCAAAGCAUGGUGGCAUCGGCACUUCCUGAGACUGAUCAACUGAAAGCUCUGCAGACGUACGUCAAGAAUGUGGAAGAUGAGCUGCAGCGGCACAAUGAACUUCGGUCCGCCAUGAUCCUUGCUUUUUCGCCUCGUCAUCCCAAUGCUUCUAAAGCACUAGUCAACUGGGAGCGGAAAUCAUCCUACCUACUACGUGAAAUCGUGAAAUUUCGCACAUAUAUUGAUUCACUUUCAGGUGCCCUAGACCAGAAGAACCGGAUUUAUGCAGCCCGCGAAGAGACUCCCACAGAAGAGUGAUCCGGCUUCCUGUUUUGUUUCUUGGACUCUCUGAGCUAUAGUGUCAUUCUGCUCCUGCUUGACGCAGACCCAUUUUCUAUUAUACCCUCAUUUCCUUUUAGUCGCCAUGCAUGUCAUCCGGGUCACUCUGGGUGAUGCUUCUGACGACCCCAUCUGUGAGCGUGUCCCAUGAUAGCCAUGUUUCCCUCGCUCUUAAUCGCUCCUUUUGCCUUGGUUGCCUUUGUCUCCUUCAGCUUCUCGUAUAUGCUUUUUCUUUUUUUUUUUUUGGAUUGGGACAUGAUGAGGCUUGUACUUGUCGAGAACAUCGAUUUUUCUUCUCUCAUGAUGCG